CCUCUCACAAGUUGAUUGAAACAAGUAACGAUGCGGAAUGGCGAAUGUGAUGGAAUACAGACUUCUAGUGGCUUCUUUGGUUGUUUGUUGGUCUCUUUCAGCCUCAUCUUGUCCACCUGAUUGGUAUGGAUUUGGCAACUCUUGUUAUAAGUUUGUGGUGAGAACCUUGCAAGUGAAAGGCCUCAACUGGGAAAAUGCCCGGAGAGCCUGCCUUGAUUAUGGGGGAGACCUUGCCAGUGUGGGAAAUAAAUCAGAAAUGGACUUCAUAUAUAGUAAAUCUUCCAAGAAUUGGAGAGAACAUUACUGGAUUGGGCUGACUGAUGAGCGCAAUGAAAGCCAGUUUGUUUGGAGUGAUGGAACACCUUUCAAAAGUUCUGUUUAUAAUAACUGGAAGAGUGGUGAACCUAAUGACCCAGAUGGAGCACAAGAUUGCGUCGAGCUGUAUCUCCGUCAUUGGAAUGAUGACAGUUGUAAAAACCAGUAUAGUUAUAUCUGUGAAAGGCCUAAAGGAGUCCCUAUGCCAACCUCAAAUACAUCAUCACCAGCCAUUUCUACCCCCAUUUCCUGUCCUAUUGGUUGGGAAUAUUAUGGGUCAUCCUGCUACAAGUUCAGCUCACUAAGGAAGAAGUGGACUGAUGCUGCAAAAGACUGCCGAGCAUUAGGUGGACACUUGGUAAAAAUAGAUGAUAGCGACGAACAGCAUUUCAUAUCAUUCAAGCAAAGCAAGAGUCACAGAACAAGAUGGAUUGGAUUAAAUGAUCUUGCAGUUGAGGGAAGUUUCAGAUGGGAAGCUGAUAAAACACUGGUAAACUACACAUAUUGGGCAACAAAUGAACCAAAUAAUUUUGCAGGUUCAGAGGAUUGCGUUGUAGUUUGGGCUUUUUCUUCAGGAGGAAAAUGGAAUGAUGACUAUUGUGACUCAGAAAACUACUACAUCUGUGAGAAACCUGGUGGUCAAAACCUAUGUCCAUUAAAUUGGAGAGGCUUUGGAGACUACUGUUAUCAGUUCAAUGUUCAUGGGGCCCAGUCUAAGAAUUUUGUUGAUGCUGAUAAAGCCUGCAGGUCACAUAACAGCGGGACUGAAUUGGUUAGCAUUAACCAGGGAGCUGAGCAGGAUUUUCUCUUGAAGUCUCUUAAAGACAUGAGAAUUUCUAAAAUUUGGAUUGGACUUAAUGAUCGUAAAGUGGAGGGGAAAUAUGUGUGGACAGACAAGUCCCCUCGCACCUAUACAAACUGGGCACCAAUGCAGCCAGCCAAUGGUUUUCUUGGAAGUUUGUUUGAUUGUGCUUCAAUGGAUGCCGAUUCUCAGAAUGGCACCUGGAGCAUGUCAAUGUGUCAUCAUAAGUUGGGCUAUGUCUGUAAGAGAAAAAAUGGCAUAAAUCAGUGUGAUUCACCAUUUGGAAUGGAGGAUGGGAGCAUUGCUGAUAACCAAAUAUCCAGCUCCAGCAAUUAUAACUUUUCCUCUCGAGCUAGUCAGGCCCGUAUUCGUUUGGAAAGUGGUAACUUAACUACUGGAGCUUGGUGCGCUGCACAAAGCAAAGUGGGUGAAUAUAUACAAAUUGAUUUGGGAGUUGUGCGUCAAGUAAAACACAUUGCUCUUCAAGGAAGGCCAGGAUCUUCAGACUAUGUGAAAACGUUUUAUCUCAGAUAUGGAGACAAUGGCCUGGAUUUUAAUAACUAUGGUGAAAACGCCACAGUCAAAUAUAAGACGUUAGGUGGAAAUAUCCAUAAUGCCGCGUCCAUCAGCAACAUUGCCCUUACUGAGCCCAUCUUUGCCAGAUUUAUCAGAAUUUACCCUCUUUCGUGGAACUCUCGUAUCUGCCUGAGAACUGAGAUUUACGGCUGUUCAUCACAGGCCUCUUCCAAGAAGUGCGGGGUUGGCUGGGAGACUGGACCUGAUGAAACUUGCUACCAGAUUAACUCAAAUCAGUGGAAACUGUGGGCAGAUGCACGUGCAUCUUGCCUGAGCAGAGGCGGUGAUCUAGUCAGUAUAGUCACUAUGAAGGAGAAGAAGUGGUUGAACAAUCGAUUACAAGCCGUCAGCGGAUGGGCUUACUCAUUUUGGCUGGGACUGAAUGAUAGAGAUUCUCCCAAGCACUUUUACUGGAGUGAUAGAAGUCCUUACAGACUGACCGCAUGGGAUGCUGGUUACCCCACGAACACGCCAAAAACUCCAAAAGCUUGCGUUGAGAUUGAUACAGUCAGAGGGGCUUGGAGAGAUGUUAGCUGUGGAGAAUAUCGACCAUUUAUUUGCAAAAGGAAAAUGGCAAAUGGAGUGAAGACUCCGGUGACAGGAAACUGGAUCAGUGGGACAGAUUACUAUUGGCCACUCGAUAAAAUUGUCAAAGGAAAGUCGGUUUUUGGAACAGUCCCAGCUGCUGUUCACGGCGAAGUGAAACCAUCCAACUCGUCUCAAAAUAGACGCAGCGUCGUAUACUUUAGGGGCUAUCAGGCGUACUUAGAUGUAGGCCAGUUUCAAGAUCCCUGCAUGUCCAACCUGGAUAAGUGCGAGAAUGGCAUCACUGUAUCAUUUGUUAUACAGUUUGAGGAUGAUGCAAAGACCUGGAUGACAAAUACUUUCAUUGUGUACACAGUCGGGGAUGUUUUGCAGAGGGGUCGAGGAUUUGCAGUUUAUUACGUCAAAGGUCAAUUGCACACGGCCGUUAACACUCGGCAAAAGAGGUGGCAUGUACAGAAACCUUUACAAACCGGCACAAAUGAAUGGCACCAUGUUAUGUUUACCUGGCAACUUGAAAAGGGUAUUGUUCUCUACAUAAAUGGGAAGAAAAGCUCUUCUUUGUACUAUGGGAAUCCUUCCUCGCACUCCAAAAGUAGUGGUUCGUUUAUUGUGGGAAGCCAGUCCACUCGACAGUUAGCUGGUGGUUUUCGGAUGCGUUCAUUGGCAGUUUGGAGAAGGCCGUUGACGUCUCAAGAAGUAAAUCGUAUUUAUCUGGCCGAAUUUGGAUCCUGCAAGGUUGGUUGGAAAGACUUUGGGCAGUACUGUUACCAGUUCAAUUUGGACAAGAAAACGUGGGCUUCUGCACAAAUAUCCUGUGUGAACCAGCAAGCAGAACUGGUCAGCAUUCACUCUCCAGUCGAGCAGGCCCAUAUAUCUCUGGAGACAGGACCUCACGGAGUAGACUCACCAGCGUGGAUUGGGCUGCAUGAUCAGAUAGUGGAAAGUGAGUUCCAGUGGUCUGAUGGGUCAGCGGUUCAAUUCACUUACUGGGAUGGUUGGCAACCAGAUAACUGGCGAGACUCAGAAGAUUGUGCCAAUGUCAGAAAUAUCAACGAUGGCCGAUGGAAUGAUCAGAGCUGUUAUAACAGUUUGCCAUACAUCUGUAAAAAACCAAAAGAGUAUAUCCGAUCUGAUGGAAUCAUUACAACACCGACUCCCAAGAAGCUUUUCGUUUGUGAAAGUACAUCUGCAGUUCUUAGUUGCCCAGUAUCUACAGUUUUGACAAUCAAAUCUGCCAUAUGGGGACGCACUAAUACGACCAGAUGUUUUCAAGUCAGCGUUCAAGCCUGCAAGCUGGAUGUUACCGCAAAGUUAAAUGAUAAAUGCGGAGGCAAAAACCACUGUUCGUUAAAAGCCACCAAUUUAGCUUUUGAUUCCGACCCGUGUGGUGGAGGAAUUGCCAAGUAUUUAGAAAUUGACUACGUGUGCCGGAAAGGUCCUGAGAAGUCUCCGCUCUGUCAAGAUGGUUGGCACCUCAGCCCUGAUGGCUCUCGCUGCAUCGGUGUGAUCUUUGAUCGCAAAACUUGGCAGGAUGCUAGAUGGACGUGUAAAACUUAUGGAGGUGACCUAGCCAGUUUCCACAGCAGCAUAGAGAAUGUCUUGGUGACUUCCCUGUUGGUGAGCUCCUGGGACAUUGAGGAGGUUGGAGGGUUAUGGACGGGUCUCACAGAUGCUGAUCAGAAAGGCGUGUACAAUUGGUCUGAUGGGUCAAAAGUAGACUACACCAGCUGGCUCAACACUCAACCAGACGAGAGGACUUUGGAGGGAAGUUGUGUUCAAGCCACUUUGCAGGCCGGUCGUUUGAGCUGGUUGUUCUGGCAGGACGUGGACUGUAAUAGCACGCUUUAUUUUGCUUGUGCAAAGCCUCCAAUCCUCAACUAUUUGUGUCCAUCUGGAUGGAUGACAAAUGGAUCAUUCUGUUACAAGUUGAUGUCGCAGAGCAAAACGUGGACUGAUGCCAGAGACACCUGUAGAUCAUUCGCCGCAAACUCAGAUUUGGUGAGCGUUCACAGUACGGCGGAGAAUGAAAUUGUGGCCAGUCUGUUCAAUGGUUCACUUUAUGCAGCUUGGAUUGGACUGAGUGAUCGUGGUGUGUUAUAUGGUUAUGCUUGGAGCGACAAAACGCCCGUGCAGUUCACAAAAUGGAACGUUCAGCAGCCUGACAGUCACCAAGGACAGCAGCCCUGUGUGGAGAUGUAUUCUACAGGAGAAUGGGGGGACACUGGAUGCUACUCUGUAAAGCAAUUCAUCUGCAAGAUGCCACGAUCGGAUAAUAAGCCGUCAGCGAAAGUCACUCCAACCACACCUGUUAACCAAACUUCAGGCAUUUGCCCUGAGAAUUGGACUUUGUGGAAUACAAUGUGUUACUAUUUUGCAAAUGAGUCCCAGUCAAGCUUAGUCACGUGGCGUGUCGCUCGGCAGGCGUGUCAAAAGGAAGUUGGAGGAGACCUUGUUAGUAUUUUAAAUGCUGCGGAGAAUAACUUUAUAAAAUCUCAAAUCUCAGGGCAUAGUAGUAAUUCCCUUUGGAUUGGACUCAACGAUCUUGGAACAGAAAGCAGCUACCAGUGGAGCGACGGGUCGCCAGUAGUCUACAGAAACUAUGGAUGGAAGGAACCGAAUGAUUAUUACGGUCAGGAAGACUGUAUGGAAAUCAACAAGGCUGGUUAUUGGAACGACCAUCAUUGCAGUGUCCUGCGGCCGUACAUCUGCAAAAAGGCUAAUAAUUCCAGAAUACCAGUUCUGCCUACGUUCCCCACACAACAACCGCGUCCUGAACCAACUCAUGGCAGAUGUAAGGACGGCUGGGUAAACUAUGACAAGCGCUGCUACCGCAUUGUGUCAGAUCCUCAGCUGUCUUGGGAGAACGCAAGGGAUGCAUGUCGAAACGGACUGAAUAUGAACGGAGACCUUGUUACUGUGAAUGAUCAAUACGAACAGGCAUUUUUGACAACUAUGCUGUUGGGAAAGAACGAUAAUUUUUGGAUUGGCUUUAAUGACAAGCACGUGGAAGGCAGUUUCUUUUGGACAGAUAAUAGUCCUCGUAAAUUUACUAACUGGAAUGCCAAUGAACCAACGGGCUACGGCUGGAACAAGGAUUGCGUCGACAUGACCCCCGCUGGAGAGGCGGGGCGAUGGGGAACUGCGCAGUGCGAUCAGAUAAAAGGGUUCAUUUGUGAAACAGGAGCUGAUCAAAUCUCAACGACUGUUACACCCAAUCACAUGACUUGUCCUCCAGGGCAUGUUCCCUUUGGUGACGACUGCUUUUAUGUGUCUUACGUCCGGCUGAGCUGGAAGGAAGCACUUCGGUUCUGCCGCAGAAAUGAUAGCGAUUUGAUGAGCGUGCACAGUUCAUUUGAACAGGCGUUUGUUGUGAUGAAUUUAAAGAAUUACCGAGGAGGCUUUUGGCUUGGUCUCUCUCGUGAAGCUAAUUCUCAAGACUUCGAGUGGAGUGAACAUUCAUUGAAAAGCUAUACGAACUGGGCUGCGAAGCAACCAGAUGCUCCGUAUGACCAGAAAACAUGCGUUGUCGCUAAGAAUUCAGAUGCCAAUGCUGGAGGUUGGAGUGACGUCAAUUGCUCGGACACAAAUGGAUUUAUCUGCAGAAUACGAAGAGGCGAACCACAUGUGUCACCUCCAUUGCUCGGAAGCUGCCCUGCUGGAUGGGAGAAGUUUGACAAGCACUGUUACCUUUUCCGAGACAGCGAUUUGCAGCCCUGGACAGCAGCAAGACUCAAAUGUUUAAAUCAGGGAGGAAACCUUGUGAGCAUUACAUCAAGGCAGGAACAAGACUUCAUCACUUACCACUAUCGACGGAAUUCCGCUGGAAAAAUCUGGAUUGGUUUAAAUGAUCGGUCGCUGGAGAGAGGAUUCGAAUGGAGUGAUGGUAGCCCUGUGGCUUAUCUUAACUGGUUACCCGGUGAGCCAAAUGAUAACACCGCUAUGGAGAAUUGUAUUGAAAUGUGGCCACCCAGUCGAGGAUGGAAUGAUCAGUCAUGUGCUGAUAGACGAGGCUACAUCUGCAAACAGCCUUUAGAGUGUUCUGCAGCUCUAGGCAUGAGAAGUGGUGCCAUCAGCGAAAGCCAGAUCACGGCUAGUUCCAUGUUGACCCCAUAUGGUCCAGCUAUGGCCCGGCUUAACUCUUUAGCUGCCUGGUGUGCCAAGAAUGGACAGUCUGGGCACUACAUCCAGGUUGAUCUGCUUACAGAAACCCGCCUGACCAAAAUUGCUCUUAAAGGCUUCACUCUGGAUGGACUACCCAGCUUUGUAAAGACGUUUACAUUACAAACAAGCGAUGAUGGUGUUAAUUAUAAGAUAUACCAGAGGAAUGGUAGAGAUGUGGAGUUUGCUGCAAACCGUGACGCCAAUUCUGUGGUCACAAUAUCUGUGAAACCAACAGUAGAUACACGCUUGAUAAGAAUAGUACCAAGCUCUUGGACUGGCUCUCUGUGUAUGCAGAUGGAACUUUAUGGCUGUCCGUUUGCUUGUCAAACCCCUCUUGGAAUGCAGUCUGGCUCCCUCCCAGAUCACUUUCUUUCAGCCUCAUCGACCAGAGACAGCUCUCACGAGGCUGCCAAUGCUCGCCCAUCUCGUGCUGUUGGGUGGUGUGCAAAUGUUUCGGAUAAAAAUCCUUGGUUUCAGAUUACUUUCCCAGGCUGGGAAAGGAAGAUUUCCAAAAUAACCACGUGGGGAGGAGGCAAGGGUUCUGGGUUUGUCAAGGUGUACAGUCUGUCGUCCACACGCACGGUCGACGUAGACCCUAUGGUUUGGUCAGACUACCAGGAAGGCGGGAAAACCAGGUAUUUCCGAGGGAACCAAGAUGCUGUCAAUCCAGUGUCACACCUCCUGGCAGAACCAAUCAUAGCCAAAGCCUUGCGCAUAAAUAUAGCGGAGCAGGGUUGGUCCUCGAUUGGGGCUUGUCUACGCCUUGAAGUCUUUGGAUGUGAGAAAGGAUGCAACUCUGCCCUCGGUCUAAGACAAGGGAUUGUCAAAGACUCGGCUUUAUCAGCGAGUUCAUCAUUAGACGAGGCUCACUUGGCCAGUAAGGGUCGUUUAAAUGGAAGCGCAGGAUGGUGUGCAUCUGAAAAUGAUAAACAGAGCUACUUUGUGGUUGACUUCGGAGUUUCGAUGGAGGUAAACACCAUAGCUAUACAAGGAGCUAAAGAUGGUAAGGGGUACAUCAAAAGCUACAAUGUGAGUACGAAAGACUAUGCUGACGGACCAUGGACUCAAUACAGACAGAACGAUAAAACUAAGGUCUUCUUGGCAAACGUGGAUUUCUCAUCAGUAAUGAAGAACUCGUUCCCUUCUGGUCUGCGGGGAAGGUAUUUCAGGAUAGAGCCGAAUACGUGGAGUGUUCGACCGUGUCUCCGGUUAGAACUGUAUGGCUGUAAGAGUGAUGUGCGACCAACUAUGUUUCCAUCAGUGAGCACAACACCACCAGCAGUUAUAACGUAUAAAGGCUCUGUAACUUUCUCUAACGAGACAUGGUCUGAUGACCUCAAGAACUCUGGAAGCAUAGCAUUCAAGACUCUCGCAAGAAAGAUAGAAAAAUCGUCGUGGUAGCAUCAUAGCUAUGUUUAAGAUGACUUUUCUCCGGAAUAUUGCGAACGAUCUUGGCGCUAAUGUGACGAACAAGCUUGUUGUGGCUGUGAACAGUGGAGAAUUAGCAGGGUUGGCCGUUAAGGAGUCAUCUUUAAUCAUCCAGAAAGAUGAUUCAAGUGUCAGCACCGGCAGUCAGCCUACAGCAGUAGCUCAAAAAACUACAGAUGCGUCAAAUCCAAUCUGGAAGAUAGUAAUAGCGACAACAGUUUCCCUUUUCCUGUUGAUAUGUUGUUGCGUGCUGGGUUUGUAUCUGGUCUGGAAGCGAAAGAAAGGAAAUCAUCCGCUUAACCAUCACCACUUUAAUAACCCGAUUUACUUCUCAAACUCUACGCAAGAAAUACAAACAAAUGGUCAUGCAGUGAAUUCAAAAGGGACUGCAACAACAGCAACGUAAGAGUAUCCACGGAAGGAGGCCGUUACAGAAGAUAGAUGGCGGGAAGUCAAAGUAAUUUUUUUUAAAAAAUGAAUGUUAUAAAAAAUAGAUAUUUGGCUUUCGUCGUCAAAUCGCGUUACCCGGUAUACACGGAAAAAUGGAGCAAUUAUCCCGCGGUUUUGCUUCAGCGUGACGACUGCAAAGAACAAAAGGCGUUAUAAUAGAGUAUUAUGCAAAUCAAAAACAAAACGGCAUUAGUUCCAAAAUCAAUAGUUUGAAAAUUUUCAAUAUACAGUUGUUUUUUUUUUGUUGAAAAAUACAUAUAAGAGGUUGUUUCACUUAUUUUUUGUGGGUUUCUGUCAGUGGUCCUUCGUGAUGGACAUCAAAGUGGCUGUGCAAGAAGCUUGAAUCUUGACAAUUUUUUCUAGUUGUCAUCCAUAUUUUUUUUACUUGGAUGCUGUAUAGUUAACAUUUUACGUAACGCCGGUUGUGACCCAGGCUUUCAUUCCUAUGCAGCCUCGUUCGAUAAAACUUAGACUUGCUCACGAGUCGCGCUUUUGAGCACGUAGCGCGAGCCGAGCCGAGCGAGCCAUACCACACCAGAACAGAAAACCAAGCGAACGACUUUGAGAAAGUCUAGUUAAAACGCAUCACAAAGUACGAAUUCUGAGGUUAGCUAUGAGAGAAUACUCCGUUUUAUUUGUUAAGACUGUGUUGUGAACUUACAACUCCAAGUUAACAGAACAAAAAAAUCAACUGCGAAGACUUAAUUCUUUAGUUGUGUGAUGGCUUGCUUCACUUUGGGAAGUCGGACAUGAUGUCUUGAAACGGUUUUUAACAAAUAGCCACCAACACCGAGGUGAAUAGUUAUUUUAGUACAUACUAAAACAGUGAGAUAAUAUAGCACUUAAAGAUGACUUGAACUCAGUUAUUCCUACAACGAUUACAAUAUUUUCACGCGCAAGUCAGACAUAAGUUGCUCGGAGGUAAAAAAGCAAAGGAUAUUCUGCAGCUCUGUGAAAUAAAUACUCUUUGGCUAGCUA